GUGGAUAUCCGCGACGAUGAGCAUCAUCCCGAAUCCUCCGCGCUGGCAAGCUAGCGCUGAUCCUGCAUCCAUAGAUGUUCCAGGUCUCGACACCAAUGCAUCUGUCAAUGACCAGAUUGAUCAGAUUGAACAGCUGAUAACUAUUAAACUUCAGAACAUCGACACAAAUUUCUCAAAGAUUCAGAAUAUAAUGGCCACAAAGUUGCUACCAGCUGUGAAGCGGUAUGCCGUGAGCACUGAACCCGUUCGUGAAGCUGCAAAGUUCUGGACAUCGUUUUACGAGAAGGCCGCGCAAGUACAUAUUCCUACAUAUGAUGACUACUCUUCUUUGCAUGAACAACAGUCAGAAGCCACAUCUCAGGCCGAAAGUUCCUCCGCCCGGCCCGACGCAGAGGAGACUUCUCAGUUCGACACCGAAGAUGAUACAACACCCUCCCAUCCUCGCAAUCGCACUUACGAUCCAAAUUCUACAGCAUCUGAGUCCUCUUUCAUGCCAUCGAAUGCAGUAUCAUCUACCCCGGCUCGUACUGGGUUUUCAGGUAAUGAUACGGUGGAAGAUCAACCUUCUUGGAGCGCAUCGCUAGAAUCUCCACUCGUGCGGCUUGAUCGUGAGCUCCAGAACUUUACCCUCGGAGAGGACAGCAAGGCCUCAGCGGGCCAAGACGAUACCUACAACAGCUUUGCUUAUGAGGAAGAAAACACGGUCCAGCAAUUUACGGAUAAGGGAAAGUCAAGGGAUUAUCCACAUGGGCAGUCUGUCUUGCAGGGUGCAUCACGACCCAACCUUCCAUCUUUGCGCGUUCCACCCAGUGCGCUCCCUACCCCUCGUGGCCUCCCAGCUAGCGCAAGGGUAUCUCCACUGAAAGUUAAGCCAAAGACACCCGUAGCAAUCCCACAACAUCUACACGCAUACCUCCCUCCGCGAAAUCAUCCAGACCCUCCACUGCCAUCGCCUAGGAAGCGACGAUAUGAGCGCUCUCCGCACAAGCCAUACCCCCCGUUGUCAUCCACCUCUAACUCGUCAUCUACGCUAGAUAUACCCUCUCUGACGAGACCAUCCGAUGAUUCAAAUAGAUCCUUUGAUCAGUUCAAUGACUCAUUCGAUGACUCGGCAGAACUCAUGCGUGGUCUUUCACCACCGCGGACUGUGGCAUUUCCGCGUGGUCCGAGGUCUAGUGUUGGACUGGGCCUGCUACCACCACUUGGUCGGACACCAGGCAAGGACUUGCACCAUGCAUUGGGAAGAACACCCGGGAAGGAAGCUGCAGAGCGUAUACGUCGCGACCUUCUCGGAGAUGUUCAAUCUGAUCACAGUUCCGUCCGAAGUAGUGCCACCGUAGACCGGUUUGGUGGCUUCAAGAAAUUUGGCUACUCCAAUCCAGAUGGCAUGGAAGAUACCAUGUCUACGAUCCCCACCCCACCAUCUAUAACACGAUAUACCCGCCAUGCUUACCCCUCUGGGUACAGCAGCAAUGACCCGAGCGCGAGUUUUGCAAGCCUAAUGCGCAGGACAGGACUCGGCAUACCCGAAUAUGCCUCUACGUCAAAAUCACAUUCUGUCGUGUCUCCCCAAAGUCUCGAAACAGCACGGCUUGCCCCUCCUUCUCAACCACAAGCCCUCCAUACCCCCGAUCCUUACCCUGACCUUUUCCAUUUCCAACAAGGAGAUCCCAACACACUGCAGCCGGAUGAUCAGCACCCAGACUCUGACUCUGAUUCAGACUCUCUCGGCGAGCCUGCACACCCAGGCCAGCCAUCGACUGCGUUCCUCAUGGCCUCCGCACGCAAUCAAGACCCAGAUGAUUCAUUCGGCUCGUCAAAUUCAAAUCACUCCAGCGACUCGAUCGGAGGGGGUUUUGGUGACGAAGGCGGUGCGGUGCAUCCGUUUGCGCGCGCCGUGGAGGACGAGGGAGAUGGAUUUGACGAUAGUUUUGAUUCUGUUGAUGAUGAUGGUCAGAGCUUGGAGGUACAGGAGGAGACUGUAUUUGGUAUCCCCCCUGCGCAGCGCAAGCACGGGAGAGGUCCAAGCGAGCUCAGACUUCUUGGGGAGGAUCUUUUGCAAGAUACUAUUGGUAUUGGAAGUCAGCUGGCGAAGGCAGGGAGAGUGGAGGAGAGUCCGACACCAUACGGGAGGUAGUUGAGCGUGAUUGUGUUAUCCAUCAUAAAUACAAGCUUGCUUCAUACACGUCGAGGCUC